AUGCGACUAAAGCCCUGCCUCGUAACCUUUUAUCUCCUGUUGCUUUCGAUCGUCUCAACCUAUAUUGCCCCUGCACUGAGUUCUGAUAUACUUCGUUCCAAGCGCUCGAGACAUCGUUAUUUUACGGUGGACAACAAUGGCGUGUCGCCGGGCACCGAGAGUCCUCCAUCCACCAUCCCAACCUCGACGGACGAUGAAUCCGCAGACUCGGAGAACCGUCACGUCCACAAGAACGACGAUCCAUGCUUGGUGAAGUAUUGCGGCGUGGGAAGAGAGUGCCAAGUCUCCGCGAACGGUGAGGAGCUCGUCGCCGCGUGCGUCUGCAUUCAUAAAUGCGCGCGGAGGCAUCGACCGGUCUGUGCAAGCAAUGGCAGGGUGUACGUCAAUCACUGCGAGAUGCACCGCGCGGCCUGCAACGCCGACACACCGUUAACCACCCGAAGGCUCUCCAGAUGCCUUAGCAAUGGUAAUUACAGCGCACAGGCACGAAAGGAUUUCUUCGCGUACCAUGCCUCCACCAAAGGCAAGAAUAUUGCUAAGUACGCUAAGUCCAAGAAUAAGAUGAAGCAUCAUCCGGUGAACAAAUCGAUCCUACGAAAGAACGGUCACGAUAUCGAGGAGUGUUCAGCGCAGGAAUACGAGAUUAUGAAAGACAACUUACUUCUAUAUAGUCACGCUAGACUAAUGGCUGAGGAUAAUCACAGUAAGGAGUACUUGGUCAGCAUCAUGUUUUCUCACUACGACAGAAACAAUGAUGGUAAUUUAGAGCGGGAAGAGCUCGUGCAGAUCGCCAAGGAAGAAAAUAUGGAAGAGCUAUGUGCAGGGUGCAAUUUGAGCCACAUGAUCAGUUACGAUGACACCGAUGGUGAUGGUAAACUGAACGUUAACGAGUUCUACAUGGCCUUCAGCAAGCUUUAUAGUGUAUCGGUGGUAUCGUUGGAUAAAUCCCUCGAAGUGAAUCACAUAUCCGCACGAGUCGGGGACAACGUUGAGAUUAAGUGCGACGUCACCGGAACACCACCCCCGCCCUUGGUUUGGCGCCGUUACGGCACGGACGUGGAAACCCUCAACGAGCCGGAGGUAUUCUACUCGAACGAAAUAAUUCGAUCUCUAUCCUUCGUCGUUAGCUUUAUUCGCGUUCUCAACGACGGUAGUCUUUAUUUGACAAACGUGCAGUUGGAACAUGCUGGAAAUUACACGUGCCACGCUCUUAGGAACCAGGACGUGGUGCAAACUCACAUGCUUACCAUAUACACUGUACCCGAAGUGAGAGUGACCCCGCAAUUUCAAUCCAAGCGACCAAAGGGAACGGCAAAGAUGAGGUGCCACGUGAUAGGUGAGCCUCUCCCACGUGUACGAUGGCUGAAGAACGACAAACCCCUGAGCGAGGAUCAGCCAGACAAGUACGAAGUAAUCGGGAACGGUACUAAAUUGCUAAUCAGAAAGGUCGAUUAUGCCGACACUGGGGCUUACAUGUGUGAAGCGACCAGCGCUGGGGGACUAACGAGAGACAUCAGCAGUUUAGUGAUUCAGGAGCAACCUACACCGAUUGCGACGGACGAAGAACGCAGAUUCUUAUCUUUUCAUGAAUGGGGUAUUUUAGUAUAUGAACCAUCUACGUGUCACGCGUUACACGAAAUUCAUUCCACAGACAUUAUACCUGGUACUCAGGAAUACGUCUGCGGAUCCAAAAAUGUUCCGUGUUCUUGGGGCCGUGCUAUUAACGUUGCUGAUAGAUAUGUAUACGUUAGUCAACCGAAUAAGAACCGCGUACUUGUGAUCAGCGAAGUACAGAUGAUGAUAAUUGAUGUAGUGGCUACAGACAAAAAUCCGGUGGAUCUGUGGUACGUACAAAAUCUUGAUUACGUCUGGAUAUUAAACUGGAGAAGUGAAGUGGAUAUCGGUAUCAAAACCGUGCAAAUAAUCAAGGAAGCUGCUCAGCGAAAAAAACACCAUACAAUGCGACCAGAGCCUAUCGAUGCGCAAUUCGAUCUCGUGAAAGGCUUGUAUAUUCCACAGCAGCAAGAUACAAAACACAUAUUCAAAUAUGGCUAUGUGACCCAUACGAAUCAGCAUGGGAUGUACAAGCUCGAUCUGGUCAACAUGAGAUACACUCGUACCGUGAACUUGGCCAGCUACAAUUGCGUACCAACAAGCAUGGAAUUCUCCGAUCUUUACGGUUUUGUCAUACUGGAAUGCGAAGAGCCAAUCACUGGUCGACCGACCGGUCAAGUGCUCUUAGACUAUCUUACUGACAGCGUUCUUGCUCACAAACCGAGCAUUCUGGGAAAACCAGCAAUUUCUCCUGAUUCCAGAUAUCUGGUUACUCUCGACAAACAAAACACUGGUGUCACUCUCGUAGUGCAGGAGAUAUUACCAAGCGGACUAAAAUUUGCUUUUGACGUGAAAACAACUUUAAAUAUCAGCGAUAUUGCCUUCUACCCAUCGCAAACAACACAUAGUUAUGAUAUCUACGCUUCAUCGAUAGACAAAGAAGAUAUCCUUUUUCUUGAUUUAACUACUGGAAAAGUGGAAAUGAUAACAGGCGUGGGAAAGGCAACACCACCACAUCUCACUAAAUGGGGUAAUCCAAAUAGACCGAUAAUACAAAGCGGUAUAUUUGGUCGAUAUAUGGUAAGCCCCUCCAACCAGGCGCUCUUUGUUCUCAAUGGGGAGACCCGUACGGUGAAUUGUGAGAUUGGUGGCCUUAUACAUCCCGGCGCGAUUGUUUGGUUUACUGUUUCGUUGCGUUAAUGAAUGUAGCUUCGUGACAAUGACAAUACGAGACAUAUAUAAAUUGAACAUAGGAAUCCAAGUGAGUACCAAAGCUAAUUAUACUGAAAAACUUUAGAUGAAAUGAAAGGUAACAUAAAGAAAUAAACUAUACGAUAUA